AUGUCUCUCACCAACGCCACGCCGCUCGAGGUCGCCCAGGCGGCCAGACUCGGAUCCCGGAAACUUGCUGUCUUGUCUACCGAGGAGCGGAAUGCCGCACUGACUGCUAUUCAUGCUGCACUAGCAACUGGAAAAGAGGAGGUCCUAGCGGCCAAUGCGCGGGAUCUGGAAGCUGCGAACAAGGCCGCAGCAGGAGGCACGCUAAGUGCAAGUUUGGUCAAAAGACUGGAUCUGGGGAAGCCGGGGAAGUAUGAGGAUAUGCUGCAGGGGAUACUGGACGUGAAGGAGUUGGAGGAUCCUAUCAACAAGACCACCGCGAGGACCCUACUGGAUGAUGACUUGGUCCUCUCAAGGAUAACAUGUCCUAUUGGCGUUCUUCUCAUCAUCUUCGAAGCUAGACCUGAAGUCAUCGCGAACAUAUCCGCGCUCGCCAUCAAGUCUGGAAACGCAGCUAUCCUCAAAGGUGGCCGAGAAUCCAGCAACAGCUUCGCGGCCAUUGCAUCCAUCAUUUCCAAGGCUCUUACGUCAACAGCGGUCCCAUCAGACUGCCUGCAACUAGUCCAAACACACGAUGUCAUCGCCGACUUGCUGAAGCAGGAUACGUACAUCGAUCUUUGUAUUCCUCGCGGUGGUAAUAAACUAGUCCGCUAUGUGAAGGACACGACCACCAUCCCCGUCCUCGGCCACGCAGAUGGAAUAUGUUCAACCUACCUCUGCGCGGACUACCCCGCCGAAAAGGCCACUAAGAUAGUCUUGGACGCAAAGACAAGCUACCCAGCUGGCUGCAACGCCCUCGAGCAACUCAUUGUUGAAGAAGCAGCCUUGAGCACCACUCUUCCCACCGUCGCAGAAGCACUCUUACAAAAGGGCGUAUCACUCCGCUGUGACCAUACCUCGCUCCUCGCCCUCAGAGGCAAACUAGACCCACACUCCGCUACGCUUCUACAGGAAGCCGGACCGGAAGACUACGACACCGAGUUCCUAGACUACAUACUCGCCAUUAAGACAGUUACCAACGUCGACGAAGCUAUCAACCACAUCAACGCUCACGGUUCCCACCACACCGAUGCCAUACUCACCACCUCGGAAAUCACAGCGAAGACUUUCCUCGCAGCCGUCGACUCAUCCUCCGUUUACUGGAACACCAGCACGCGCAUGGCGGAUGGCCAGCGAUAUGGCUUCGGUACCGAAGUCGGCAUCUCAACAAAUAAGAUCCAUUCUAGAGGACCUGUUGGACUAGAAGGCUUGACGAUUUACAAAUGGGUCAUUGUAGGUGAUGCGCAGGUCAGUGCAGAUUACGGCGCUGGAGGCAAGCAGUGGAAACAUCAGCGCCUCCCAGUUGGUGACGAAGGGAGUGUAGCGAGGAAUGAGGAGGAGAGGGAGGUAUUGAGGAAGUUCAGGGCAAGCAAGGCUUGA